AUGAGAAGGGUUGCAACUGGCACUUAUCAAGUGUUCACUAGAUUAUUUCAGAUUACACAACAUGUCAUUGAAGUUGAAUACAAAAAUCACAAUGCAAGAAAGAGAAGAGAAAAAAAAGCUCAGACAAAUUUCCAGAUAUAUUUGUGUAGAUAUUAUUGUUCCCCGAGGGUUGUGUUAGGAUUGGCAGCUCUCCCACCAUCUACAAGCUUUGGUCCCUUAGAAGACGCCAAACAAUUUAUGCAAAGCAUCAACAAACAUUGA